AUGCCGUUGGCUCCACUAGGAGAUCCGUUCGGUCUUGAACCUUCACGUGCUGAUAUCACUCCAUCUCCAGAGCAAAUUCCAAAAGAGGAAGCUCUUGCUGAAAUUGACAUCAGUGAAGUACGAAAAGGAGGAGAAAAAGCAGAUGCUCGACAUUUCGAACUACUUAAGGUCCUGGGUCAGGGAUCGUUUGGAAAAGUAUUCCUGGUUCGUAAAGUAAGAGGCAAAGAUACUGGCCAAGUAUAUGCUAUGAAAGUUCUGAAAAAAGCAACACUGAAAGUUCGCGAUAGGGCAAGGACGAAAAUGGAAAGGAACAUCCUGGCACAGAUCUCUCAUCCAUUUAUAGUAAAACUACAUUAUGCUUUCCAAACGGAGGGAAAACUUUAUCUCAUUCUUGACUUUCUACGUGGAGGAGAUUUGUUCACUCGCUUAUCCAAGGAGGUCAUGUUCACAGAAGAUGAUGUCAAAUUUUACUUGGCAGAACUGACGUUGGCUUUAGAACAUCUGCAUUCACUAGGAAUUGUGUAUAGAGAUCUUAAGCCUGAGAAUGUUCUCUUGGACGCUGAUGGACAUGUCAAAGUUACAGAUUUUGGGUUAUGUAAAGAGUCCAUCGAUUCAGACAAAAAAACAUUCAGCUUUUGCGGAACCGUUGAGUAUAUGGCUCCUGAAGUUAUCAACCGUCGUGGACAUUCAAUUGCCGCAGAUUUUUGGUCUCUAGGAGUUUUGAUGUUUGAGAUGCUAACAGGCAACUUGCCAUUCCAAGGAAUGGACAGAAAAGACACUAUGAACUUGAUCUUAAAAGCGAAGUUAACGAUGCCAACUUUCCUCUCGCCUGAAGCGCAGUCUCUUCUUCGUGCCUUGUUCAAGCGAAAUGCCGUAAAUCGAUUGGGAGCUGGACCUGAUGGAGCUCAAGAAAUCAAACGUCAUCCUUUCUUCUGUUCCAUUAACUUCGAUCGUCUGCUCAACAAGGAAAUCGAUCCUCCGUUCAUGCCAGCUGUUACAAGCAUCGACAGUACGGUUUACUUCGAUCCUGAAUUCACAAAGCGAACACCUAAAGACUCCCCAGCCGUCCCUCCAUCAGCUGCUGCCCAUGAGCUUUUCAGAGGGUUCUCGUUUGUCUGUCCUCAGGCAAUGGAAGAAAUCCUCGAACGAAGGGAAGAUAGAAAGCACAUACGAACAAUCCCAACAGCCAGAACAUAUCCUAUCACAAAAGAUUAUAGUCUUUAUGAGGAAAUUGGCAAAGGAGCUCAUUCAAUAGUUCGUCGAUGUAUGAACAAGACGUCCAAACGAGAGUUCGCUGUUAAAAUGAUCAAGAAAAGUUCUUGGGACGCUAGUGAAGAAGUAGAUAUUUUGCUGAGGUAUGGUCAUCAUCGAAAUGUUGUCAAGCUGUUCGAUGUAUACGAAGAUGACACAAACGUGAAUUUGGUUAUGGAAUUAUGUCGAGGAGGUGAACUUUUUGAUAGAAUCAUUAAAAAGAAGAUUUUCACGGAAAGGGAAGCUGCAUCCACUCUUACAAGUCUUGCACAUGCUGUUCACUAUUUACACUCUAAUCAGGUCGCACAUAGAGAUUUGAAACCUGCAAAUAUAAUGUAUGCUUCUACGAGUGGUGAUCCAGAAUCUUUGAGGCUAAUUGAUUUCGGUUUCGCGAAACAAUCGAGGGCCGAGAACGGAAUGCUGAUGACGCCUUGCUAUACUGCCAAUUUCGUAGCUCCUGAAGUUCUAAAACGACAAGGUUACGACCGUUCUUGUGAUGUUUGGUCUUUGGGUGUAAUCCUGUAUACCAUGCUUUCCGGAAAGACUCCUUUUGCGAUGGGACCCACUGACUCAGCUGAAGAUAUUCUGAAACGAAUGGGUGAAGGCAAAAUUUGUAUGGAAGGUACCGAAUGGGAAAACGUCUCGAACGCUGCCAAAGAUUUGGUUACGCGUCUCCUCUGUGUUGAUUCUUUGAAACGUCCAACAGCUAAACAAAUUUUACAACAUCAGUGGAUAACUCAAAGAUACACCCUCCCUCAAGCAGCUUUACCCACAACGGCUUCAAAAGAUCCCGAUGCCAUUAAGGGGGCUCUAGAACAAACGUAUAGAGCAAAAAAUGCGACAGCACCUGUAGCUUUAUGCCCUGUGAAUGCUUCUGCGUUGGCUAAAAGACGUCUCAAUCAUCAUCAUCUUCCGGGUCUUGGCUCAAUGCAUGCUUCUAAUCAACAUCCAGUUAUGGUUAACAAAGCCUGA